GCUUGUAUUAUACAACAGUUGGGCGGCCCUCCUCCCUCGCCCUGGGAAUCCCUCAGCGAUGGAGCGAUCAGUACCUUCGGCGAAGCCAGCGCUAACAGUCAAGUGUCGUGCUCAAGGGCAGGAAGCAACAGUCACACCGCGAUGCUAGUCCUCCUGAUGGUGUUUUUCGUAGGUGCUGCUACCUGCUUGGAGGUCGAACCACCGAGCUUAACGGACGACCAUCGCUAUAUAUCAUACGGCGUCCGUCCCUCGGAAAACCAGAGCAUGAUCGUGUGCAACUACACGCUGGGCGAGGGCCAGGCGGUGUCCGGGGUCCUCUGGGAGAUCCUGAAGGAUGAAAGCUCGGCCGGAACCUUCGAGUGGAAGCCCAACGCCCCUGCGACCGCCACAGGUCUCCUGAAGGACAAGGUGAACCUCGAACGCGAUGACAGUGAUCUGGAACUGACCACGCUGACCUAUGAGCUGAGCGCCAACUACAGCUGCACCGUCACUGCCGACGAUGGCACCACGGCGAGUGCCAAGGACGAAAUACUGAUCAUAGAUACCACCAGCAGGCACGUGUACCACGGCACCUACGCCAACGAGGCCAAGUGCAGAGUGGAUGUUGAUGUCAAGUACUACCCGGUGUUCCCGCGGCCAACCGUGAGCGCGGGCUUGUACUCGAAGAGCCUUGGCGGAUUCUACAAGGAAAUCACCAACUGGGCUCGCAUCGUCCACGCCAACGGCUCCGUGGGAUUUUCCUGCGAUUAUGGAUUCCAGAUCAACGAGAACACCCCAGAGGACGCCUUCUUCACUAGCUCCCUGGGCGUCACGAAGUCCGAUGGAACAUACAUAGGCCUGUCAAGCAUGACUUCUAGUUUCUACUUCAAGCGAGGCUGCGAGAACGUCAGCAUUUCGGAGAACCAGACCGUCAGCUACAACACCGACGUGUGGACAUGCUUUGGCGAGCCCUUCUCGCACUUCGGCGUGGAGGCGAGGGUGGAGUGCGCGGAGGGCUUCGUCAGCAGCGGGAACGUGACUUCCGUGACGCUGGUGUGCGACUCGGUCAACGCCACGACUCAUCGCUGGAUUCCCGGGGACGAGGGCCUUCUGCCGGAGGACCUUGUCUGCGAUUCCUACACUCCGGAACCGACGCCAGCCGACGGGGCAGCCAUGAGAGUCGCCAGCUGCUACGCCUUGCUGACGGCGACGCUGUUGCUCUGCUUCCACAGCCGCUGACUUGUGGCAGCCGUGGGCGGAGGUGAUCGAGUGUCAGUCAUUCCAUCGGCCAAGACGACGCGUUGAGCCUCAAGACGCGCCCGAAGAUUUUGAGGAUUCUUGUGAUGAUUAACUUGCGUUGGAUGUUAGGUUCAUUUCAGGGCCUUGAUUAAAGGUAUUUUAAGGUG